AUAACCAAAGUUUAUAACAAUCUCACAGUUUCUUUCAUUUCCUCAGCUGGAAACUGUGUUCUUAAUUCCCACAAGCUAAACGAAGCAAGGAAGGAAAGAAAAUCAGAGGGAGGGAGUUCAGAGACGGGGCUCCACGCCUUAGCCAAUGGACGUGAGCGGUGCUGAUACGGACGGCCGCGAAUUCAAGAAUGCAGAAGAGAUGUGGAUGGAGCAGGUUGGAAACCCCACCAAGCGCACCCAAUGGUAUCGCGAAGGCUUAGGGUACUGGCAAGGUUUAGACGCAUCGGUAGAUGGCGUCUUGGGCGGCUAUGGCUAUGUUAAUGACACCGAUAUCAUGGGCAGUGAAGUCUUUCUCAAAUCCAUUUUGGCCGAACGUUUCCCUUUUGCUGGAAAAGACCGCCCCCUUGUGGCUCUUGAUUGUGGUUCUGGUAUUGGAAGAGUCACGAAGAAUCUUCUUAUCAGAUAUUUCAACGAGGUUGAUCUUGUUGAACCUGUAUCACAUUUUCUAGAGGCUGCCCGUCAAAGCUUGGCUCCAGAAAAUAAUGGUGCCUCUGAUAUUCACAAACCCGCUAACUUCUUUUGUGUGCCUCUACAAGAAUUCACGCCAGAUGCAGGCAGAUAUGAUGUUAUUUGGGUUCAGUGGUGUAUCGGGCAUCUCACUGAUGACGACUUUAUCGCAUUCUUUAGAAGAGCCAAGUUGGGUCUAAAAGCUGGCGGAAUUUUCGUUCUCAAGGAAAACAUUGCAAAAUCUGGAUUUAUAUUAGAUAAAGAAGAUAGAAGCAUCACAAGAUCGGAUGUAUACUAUAAACAUCUAUUCCACCACUGCGGACUCUACGCAUAUAAAUCAAGGGACCAAACGGGAUUUCCCGAAGAACUAUUUCCGGUGAAGAUGUAUGCGUUAACUACAGAGAACAAACAGCCACUUAACGUGCAAAUCCGUACUAGAAUGAACUGGAAACAUGGAGCUUCUCGUUUUUCAUGCAUGCAAGGGAAUGCCACUGCCACUGCCACUGCCACUGCCACUGCCACUGCCAUCUAUCCCAAACCCCUUUCCCGUUGGCAUCUUAAAGCACUGUGCAUUACAUAGUAGUGCCUUGUUGCUGAAAGCCCUACCUGCCUCAAGUCAAGUUCAAAUAAAGAUCAUAUCAAUUUGGUGCAAUUUACCAGUUAAACUUUCAUUUCGACCUCUGCUUUAACAAAAUUUUCAGCUGAUCCCUUCUCUUUCUCCAACCCCUCCCCAUUCAAGGGAAGGGUUGGAGAACCAAGCAAAAGUGUAAUGAUAGGUGUGUGUGCGGGCGAGUGAAAUAGUCGAGCGUAGAAACACAAAUUAGCCCAUAUUUCAGAAGCAAGCAGCUACUAAGCUGAGCUCACGUUCCACAAUCAGAAGGUAAAAUGUAGAUGAAUAUCAAACCCUUUAUUUAUCCCAAUCAAACAGACUAACACAAUUGGAAACUAGAAUCGACAAGCAUAACAAGAGAACAAUCUAUCCGUCCAUAACUCAAUAGAAUAUAUUGAAAAGAACUCGUGUUCAAAACUUCGAUGAAAGCAUCAUAACGAGCUGUGCUAAUAAAACGUUUAAACGAGUGACAGUUACUCGAGCAAUGUGUCAUAUUAUGCUUGCCGGAAUCCAAAACCAAUACAAAUAACAAUUCUCAGAAAAA